UUGAGUCUGGAGGAGGGAGGCGCAAGAUGGCGGAGGCGCUGGCUUCCCGUCGAGGGUUUCGGGGCGAAGCUUGGCUGCUGGGGCUCCUCUGGCUCCUCCUUCGGGGGGCCCCGGCCGAGCAGAUGGAGGAGCACCUCAAGCGGGAGCACUCGCUCACCACCCCCUUCCAGGGCGUCGGAUCCUCCAGCUCCUCGUUGUGGGAACUCAUGGGCAACGCAAUGGUCAUGACCCAGUUUGUCCGACUGACGCCGGAUAUCCAGAGCAAGCAAGGUGCCGUCUGGAACCGAGUGCCUUGCUACUUGAGAGACUGGGAGAUGCAGGUACAUUUCAAAAUCCAUGGGCAAGGAAAGAAGAAUCUAAAUGGAGAUGGCUUUGCAAUCUGGUACACAAAGGAGCGGAUGCAGCCAGGGCCCGUCUUCGGGAGCAAGGAUAACUUUCUAGGGCUGGGAGUGUUUGUAGACACCUACCCAAAUGAGGAGAAGCAACAGGAGGCACAGAAGAAGAGGUAUUCUGCAGGAAACCAGCGCAUCUUCCCUUACAUCUCUGCCAUGGUGAACAAUGGCUCCCUCACCUAUGACCACGACCGGGACGGGAGGCCUACUGAACUUGGUGGCUGCACAGCCAUGGUUCGCAAUCUCAACCAUGACACUUUCCUAGUGAUCCGCUACGUGAAGAGGAGGCUUACGAUUUUACUUGAUAUUGAUGGCAAGCACGAAUGGAGAGACUGCAUUGACAUCCCAGGUGUCCACUUGCCAAGAGGAUACUAUUUUGGUGUAUCUUCAGUCACUGGAGAUUUGUCAGAUAACCAUGAUAUCAUCUCUCUGAAGUUGUACCAACUGACAGUUGAGAGGUCGCUGGAGGAAGAAAAACGGGACAAAGAGGUCUUUCUUCCAGUUGUGGACAACAUGAAACUUCCUGGAUUGGAGACGCCGAUGGAGCCCAUGAGUGGCCUGGCUCUCUUCCUCAUCGUCUUCUUCUCGCUGGUGGCUCUCGUCUUUGCCAUUGUCAUUGGCAUCAUCGUUUACAACAAAUGGCAGGAACAGAGCCGGAAGCACUUUUACUGAUCAGGAGAGCGUCCCGUCCUGGUCCUCAUUUUCCCUCCUUUGCCUUCUGGACAAUGGUUGGUUUUUUGUUGCCGUGGGAUGGUCAUGGCUGAUCUUGAGAAGCUACGCUGUGGAAGCUCAAGCCCUUCUGGUUCUGAAACUUACAGUGGCUUGACUCCUGCAUUAGUUCAGGAGUUUCCUAUUGAGCCGCAGGGUGGUGAAGACAGCCUUAUACUACUCUCUACAAUGCCUUCUCUGAACUGAGUCUUCAUCAAGACAUGAUGGUUGACAGACGUAUCCUCAGUCAUGUAGGGCAAAAUGGACUUCUACGACAUGGUGGGCAGAUCUUAACAAGUCACCUGGAGUUGCUGGACUCAGCUGGGGACUUUGGACUAGCAAGUGUCAAGGGGUGGCCUGCAACAUAGUGUCUGUGUGUGGAGACGAUGGUAUUUUAGCCAUGGCCAUUUGGUCUGAAGGUGAUGAUGUGAGGCCUGGAUGGAGAUGGAAUGAGUGGCCCUCCAGAUGUUGCUGGACUUGAGCUUCCAUGAUCCUUCACCAUUGGUUCUGCUGACAAGGGUUGAUGGGAGGGGCAGUCCUGUAUCAUCUAAAGGAUCAUGAUUUCCCUCCUCUGCACUGAUUUAGAGGAAGAUAUCCUUGACAAGGCAAACUGAUAAUAUGUAGCUGUAAGAAACCAAGACCACUGUUCUUGUCAUUGACAGGCCAGGCGUUCCUGGUACUGUCUGUAGAAGAAGGUAAGCAUUGCACUGAAGACACUAGCCCACUGAACAAAGAAAUGUGAAUUCUUCUCUUCCUUAAAGAAAACAACAAAGAAAGGCAGCUUCUGUCCUAAUGCUCUUCCCCCCUUUUUAGCUAUCUUACAGCCCCUGAGACUGUGUUGUCCUGAGUGUUGAAGCUGCUGCACGUUUAAUUUUAUUGGGUGCAAUGUAGCACUUGGUCCGUAGUCUCUCUGUCUUUGUAUGUGUGUCACACUUUCCCUGGUAGACCUGCCAAUGAUACAGGAUGGAAAGAAAUCCUUGGUGUUUCAGCCUAUCUGGUACAUCAGGAGAAGCUUGGCCCUUACCUGGCCCCCUGUGUGGGCUGUAUCGCCAUACCCCCCCAGCCCCCAAUAAGACCAAAUUCUUCUUUUUUUUCUCUGCUGUCCCUCUGCAAAAUGGCAAACGUUUCACCAUUUUGGGAGAGAAUGCAGAGGGAAAUGUAGGUAUGUGGGGUGUCUAUGGGUGGAUUGGUGUUUUUUAUGCUUCUGAGGGGGGCUUUCUGUGUGGUUUGGGGGAAAAUAACUUGAAAAAUCAGCCUCAAAAUAUGGGGGCAAGAGUUUAGAGGCCCUCAGGGACUGCAGAGGGUCCCCAUUUCUAUUUUAGAGCAAGCGUUGGAUCAUAGAUUGUAAAUAGGGAAGCCAGGCUAGGUGCAUGGACCCAGUCUGGUUCCCUGGAGGUUGUGAAGGUUUACUUUUUUUAUAAGGAGGAAGCUACUGUUGUAGGCAAAAAAAUGCUGCUAAAUGUUGCUGCUGCUGCUGGGUUUUUUCCUUUUUCUUAAGCCGAUCUCUGCUCUUCACUGUUGUCAGGAUCCACCGUCUCCCUUCUGGAUAAAAGUGCAUCCCCUUUAGUUGUUACUGGACUGCAAUUCCCAGCAAGUUUUCCCCGCAUGGUCACAGGUGAGGGAUGCUAGGUUUUGCAGUGCAAAAAUACCUGGGAGGCUGCACUUUGCUUAUCCCUACUCUCACUCUUGGUUCCCCAUUUUCUCACUGGGGAGACAACUGAUGUUAUGUAUGUCUUUUUUGUGGGUUCAUCUUGGUGGAGGAAAGCCUGGUGGUGACAGGUCCCUUUUAGCCUGGAAACUGCAGAGGUGACUCUCUCCUCUUUGCUGUCCAACCUACCUCUUGCCUUUUCAUUAUGGAGGUGGCUUAAUUUUGCACGGCUGCUUCCAUGAUACUGAGCCAGCAAUUCUAUAUUGAAAUAGACUGUGCACAGAUUUGUACCUCUGCGUCUCUCUGGCACACCUCAGUUUCCAGUGUCAAUUCAAAAAAACAAAAUCUGACUCUUGCUUUGAAGCAAAACUGCAUUAGGCAAAAUUGCAUUAAAUGGUCCAUUUCAAACUUAGUGGCUGAAAAUGUAGCUUUCUGCAUGGAGAAAAUGUCAUUUUCCCAGCAACAAUUGUCCCUUCCUUGCCCCAUGGCAUCUUCAUUUUCUCUCCACUUCAACUCUAUAUUUUAAACUUAGACUCUGAUCUCCUUUCCAGAGUAAUUCCAGAGAAUUGGCAUCCGUUUAAUGAGCAUAGGGAUAUCUCAGUUGGUUAAAUUUGGCUAUAUGAUGGUGUUAACAAAAGCAAGCAAAGAUGGAUGGGAACUGAGCGUGGGUGUUUUACAUUUCUUAGCAAUUACUCCAUAUCAGCCAAAGGAUUCUGGGAGUUGUAGUGCAAAGAAAUAAAGCACCCAAGCACUGAGGUCAUGCUCCUGGGCUGGUCACAUGGGCCACCUCAUCCAUUCGGGACAGUAGCUGCAUCCCAUGUUGGUCCCCCUUUGAGCAUAUUUGCUGUACAAAAAGCCUGAGGGAGAUAAGGAUUUGUCUUUUGAGCUGCAAAGGCUGUUUUUAUACACAUAUCUCCUAUCUUUUGCUUGUGUUCUUGGUUGAAAGAAACAUACGAGGCCACAACAUCCCUUAUUCCCUUUUGGAAGUUUGAGUUAAAAUACACCUUGGAAAGCUUCACUUUGACCAACAAGAUGGAUUGCAUCCCCCCCCCUCAAAAAAAAAUAAGCCACCAAGUCCUUUUCAUUUUCUCAAGCAGGGCUGCAUUUAGGUUAACUUGAUUUCCAAGUCUAUGAAAUCUUUCUUGCAUACAAAUCUUCUCCUUUUUUGGGGUGGGUGGGUACGGUGACAAGUUUUGGGGCGCCUUUAAAAAAAUAGCUAACUUUUAUUAUGGCAUACGCUUUGUGGGCAAUAUUCUGAAAUGGGGAGGAACAACACGUUUUUGGUUUUCUGAGAUGCUUUGUUGUUUCCCUUGAACUGACUUUUCCCAAUUUUGUCCCCUUUGGCUUGAAUCAAGAAUGUGGGUUUUUAUCAUGCCAUAGAUCUUAAUGCAUCAGUGCCAGGAUAUUUAGCAACAGGACCUUAUGAGCGUUCUGUCUGACUUUUACAUACACCUCAACUUGGCUGUACUUAUGUUUUUUGCAUUUCCUUCUUCCCAACUUCAGUGGCAAUCUGUCUUUUCCUGCUCCCUGUAUGCCCAGUCCGAGAUGAGCUUCCAUGCACCUCCUGAAUUCAGGUGUGAACUAUGAAUGCUGAGGCCAUAAUAAAUAUGUUAGCCUUUAAGGAGCUACUGGACUCUUAGGGGCUCCAACAGUUUUCACCUCUGGAAAGAUUUUACUGCUAUGCAAAGGCUUGGAGUGGCGAUAAAACAGGUUUUAUGAGAUGAGCAAAAUGUAAAAAGAGGGUAGCCCAGCUUUCCAAAAGCUGGUGCCUUGCAGAUAUGUUGGACUGUAACUGCCAUUGUCUGAUAACUGGGGAUGAUAGGGUUGUACUCAGUGCCUCUAGAAGGUGCCAACUUUGGGAAGACCAGUCAAAUUAAAAGGAUUAGUCUGGGCAUUAUCCUUUUGACCAGCUUCCUAUCAUGUGCCUUCAAGUCACCCUUUCAUUAUUAUUAUUUUUUGGGGGGGGGGUAGCUUUAUUCAGAGGAGAUUUGCCAUUGCCUUCCUCUGAGGCUGAGAGAGAGUGACUUGCCCAAGAUCACCCCUUAAGCUUCCCAGAGUCCUUGUCCCACAUUCGAACCCCUAGAUCAUGCUGGCUGUCUUUGUAUCUUUCCUUUAAAAACUAUACUGUGGACUUGGGAUAUUAAACAGAUAUAUAUAUAUAUUCCCCAGCUAUGUUGCCCGGAAAUGCAUCUGCUUUGAAAUUCUUUAUAUGAAAAAAUGGUAUAGACAUGUUAUUAAAUAAAAGUGGCUUUUUGGAAUUGG